GUGACGUCAGACGCAAAACGCCGGGCCUAACGCGGGAGCGUGAAGGAAGCCACGAAUUCCGUUUGGAGGCUUCUUUGAGCUCGCUGAAGAGACACCAUGAGCAAAGCUCACCCUCCGGAGUUGAAAAAAUUUAUGGACAAGAAAUUAUCAUUGAAAUUAAAUGGUGGCAGACAUGUCCAAGGAAUAUUGCGGGGGUUCGAUCCCUUUAUGAAUCUUGUAAUAGAUGAAUGUGUGGAGAUGGCAACUAGUGGGCAACAGAACAAUAUUGGAAUGGUGGUAAUUCGAGGAAAUAGUAUCAUCAUGUUAGAAGCCUUGGAACGAGUAUAAACGAGUUUCACCAGAAGAAACCAACUGCUUCCACAUGUCCCCUCCAUUGCACCUGUUCUACUACAAUAUAAAAAUCAGGUUGUGCAUUUUCAUAUUGAACUUUUUUGUUAAAUAAACUUUUUUAAUAGUCAAAAUAUGCUUUCUCAGACAUUGUGAACAUGGAAAAUUGAAUGUUAGCUCUUAUUCUAGUUUUUUAUAACACAGACUGUUCCUGGUUGAGACUGAUAUGUUCCAAAGCUUUUGUGCAUUAAUAUUGAAGAAUCUGAUUAAAUGUGACACAUGGCUAGGAUGGCUUUUUUUCAUCUGUUAAUGGAAAAAUGCAAACCUGAGCAGAUUUCUUCUGAAACAUUAACUGUAAUUUUCAAAACUCUUGUAGUAGUUUUGAUGUACUCCGGACUUUUCCAAGUACAUCUACAUUCCCCCAAGUAUAGUGCAAUUAAAGUAAAACACAGGAAGUAAUGAUACAGUUGUUUAUUUUGAACAUAAACGGGGAAAAUUUUUUGAAUAGAAGAAUAGAAAUAGAACUCUAGAGAAAAACAA